CGACGUUUCACUAAUGAUGAACAAUUUUUCUCUAUAAUACUUUGCGUCGAACUAAAUAUAAAGUAAAGUUCGAUUUUCUUCCAUUUGACACGUGCGUUUUGAUAACUGAUCUAUAUUUAUCUGUACCGUGAAAAUGGUCGAUAUCAACGUGCCUCUUAUCAAUUUGUUGCAGAUGGCCGUGAAGUAUGUGAUAAACUGAUGGCCCAUCGCAUACAACAAUAUCAGGCAACAACCAGUGAAACGACUAUCAUACCCACUAAGUACGGACAAGUUAAAGGUGUUAAACGUAAAACCGUCUACAACCACCACUUUUAUGCCUUCGAAGGCAUACCAUACGCUACACCGCCACUUGGUGAAUUGCGCUUUCGGGCGCCGCAACCACCAGAACCUUGGACGGGAGUGCGUAAUUGCACCAAGUUGGGGAAUGUACCAUUGCAAAAACACUUCGUCCUGGGCAUCACUCAAGGCUCUGAGGACUGUUUAUAUUUAAAUGUAUACGCUAAAGAGCUAAAAUCUACUAAGCCACUACCUGUAAUGGUUUGGAUCUAUGGUGGUGGCUUUCGUUUUGGUGAAGCUACACGUGAUGUUUAUGCACCCGAUUAUUUCAUGGAGAGAGAAAUCGUCUUAGUGACUUUUAACUAUAGGCUGGGUGCUUUAGGUUUCCUCUCGCUACCGGAUCCGGAUGUACAAGUGCCUGGUAAUGCAGGCCUGAAGGAUCAAUUAUUCGUUUUACGUUGGAUUCAAGAGAACAUCGCCAGCUUCAAUGGUGAUCCCAACAAUGUGACAAUAUUCGGCGAAAGUGCUGGUGCCGCUGCUACACAUCUGCUUAUGCUUACGCCGAAAACGCAGGGCCUCUUCCAUAAGGCGAUAUUGCAAUCAGGUACAGCACUUUGCCCAUGGACUGAACAGGAACCCAAAAAUCGCGCCUAUUGGCUGGCCGUAGAAUUAGGCUACUGUGGUGAAAAUAUAGAUAAAGAUGUAUUCUCUUAUCUCUCAAAUGUUAGCGGUUCAAAACUAAUACAAUUUUAUAAAGAGUUCAGGCAGCCACAUGAGAAUGAUGAACGUGCAUUUUUCUCUUUCACACCAGUGGUGGAACCGUACGAAAGCGAGAACGGUUUGUUGACAAAACCAUUUAAAGAUCUACUCAUAACAUCAUGGAGCAAUGAAAUCCCAAUACUGUUGGGUUUCACAGCCGACGAAGGCAUGUUGCAUUAUAAUGAGACUGUAAAAAAUCCGCAUUUAAUUAAUGAGCUCGGAGAUUGUGUGGCAGUUUUGCCGAAAAUUGUGAAAAAAGAGUGUGAUAUGCAGAACUGCAAAGAAUUGGGUCUACGCCUGAGGGAAGCGCAUUUUGGUAAAGCGGAGCCGCAUUGUAGUAAACAUCUGUAUCAAUACUUGGAGCUCUUGACUUACAGACACUUUCUCGUUGACAUACAACGUACUCUCUUAGCACGUGCUGCCUACGCGUCUAAUGUGCCCACUUAUCUUUAUCGUUUUGCAUUCGAUUCACCGCAUUACAAUCACUCUCGCACUCUGCACUGCGGACGCUCCGCUCGCGGAGUAUGUCAUGCCGAUGAGCUCUCUUAUAUGUUCUACAAUGCGAGCGCCGACAAAUUACCACCCACAAGCGGUGAAUUCAAAACAAUUCAACGCAUGAUUGGUAUGUGGACGGCAUUCGCGGCAACAGGCAAUCCGAAUUGUACCGAAAUCGAACCGAUUCAAUGGCAACCAGUCGAAGCGAAAGAUGUGGAAAAUGCGCAGCCGAAAUGCCUUAAUAUAGACGAAGAGCUUGAAAUCAAAUAUUUACCGCACAAACAUCUGAAAACCUGGAUUAGUCUUUUCACAAACGAGAAUUUGUUUUAGUUGUAGAUGUUGUAUAACAUUAAAGAUAUUAAGCUUUUGAUUCUUGAACAUUUUAAUUUUUUAUGAAUAGUUAUUGUUUCAACGUUAAUCGUGUUUUUGUGGUUAAGACCUUUAUGGUCUGACAGUUUUUUUUAUAGAUUCUGUUUACAUUUAACAUUAGUUGGUUUUGAAAUAUUAUACUUUGAGACAUAAAAUAAAAUGGAAUUCCGAUACCUGCUUAGGCAGACCUUUACAAUAUUUAGACAAGGUAACAAUAAUAAUAAUAAUAACGAAAUUCAAUGUUUCGAAAUAAAGAACACCAAUUCAUUUCAA